AUAUGGACAUGGAUAUGGACAUGGACAGGAUAAUGAUAGAUCGGUUCCAUAUAGGCAGGUCCACAUUAGAAUUGGAAUCUGACACACCUUACAUUGAUCGUACUCGUUCAGCAACUUGACAAACACCAUCUUGAAGACCAUCAGAAUAACAAUAUUGGAAACAGCCAGAUUGGCCAUGGACGAAGGAAGCGUCAUCCAUCAUUACCAUUCAUAUAUAAAGCUACAAACCUUGACACUCCCCCUUCCUUACACUUCACUCCAUUCCCACCUAUCGCCAUAUCAUCAUGCGCUUCUACACUUUUCCUCUCUUGGCUGCACUCUCAUCUGUUGUCUUGGCCAGUGAGAGUACCACGGAAUCAUGCGCUGGUUCGCUCUCCUGCGAUGCGGGAUACUGCUGCUCCAGCCACGGGUUCUGCGGUCGUUCUCCUUUUCACUGCGGCUAUUCUUCAGGAUGCAAUGCUGGGAAGGGUUCCUGCGGUGUUGUUGUCCUGGAUCAGCAGGGGCUCCCUAGCGUUAUUCCAUACGAUAUAUUGAGCAAGAACUCGAUGGAUGACCUCCUCGUCAAGCUGACCAACAACGGAUCGCACAUCUCGCCUGAAGAAAAGAAUGAUGGCAAGACUAUCGAUUCGGUCCUUCGUGAUGGCCUUGCUGAGAAGGAAAAGAUGCUUAGUGCGACCACUGCUCCACCAAACCCUCUUUCUAAUAGUAAUGCCACCAUGACGAACAUAUCAAAGAGUAACCCUCUGUCGACUGCGACUCCCAGCACUGCAGGCAAGGCACCAUCCACAAAAACCAGCGGUGCAGAGAGAGUGAUUGCUGGUACUACUGGAGCAGUCUUUGGCGCGUUGGUUUGGGUUGUUUCGAAUGCUUGAUAUAUAUCCUAGACCAAUAAACUUUAAUUUAGAGUGAC